CUGUGCUCCAGGUAGAGGAGUGUUAGCUUCUUUCCUUUCUCUCGACGUGGCUCCUUCUCUCUCCACGUCAACAUGAGUCGACACUUUAGCUCCAGGUCCGGGUACCGUUGUGGCGGUGGAGGAGGGGGCUUUAGCUCUGGCUCUGCAGGGGUGGUCAGCUACCAGCGCAGGUCCACCAGCAGCUCUGUGCGCCGCAGUGGGGGAGGUGGUGGGAGAUUUUCUGGUGGAGUGUGUGGCGGUGGUGCUGGUGGUGGUUUUGGAAGUCGGAGUCUCGUUAACCUUGGUGGCAGCAAAAGCAUCUCCAUUAGUGUGGCCAGAGGAGGUGGACGUGGCAGUUUCGGUGGUGGUUAUGGUGGCGGUUAUGGCGGUGGUGGCUUUGGGGGUGGCGGUUUCGGUGGUGGUGGCUUUGGGGGCGGCGGUUUUGGAGUUGGUGGCAUUGGGGGUGGCUUUGGGGGUGGUGGUUUUGGCGGAGGUGGUUUUGGUGGGGGCGGUUUUCCUGUCUGCCCUGGUGGCAUACAGGAAGUCACCAUCAACCAGAGCCUUCUGCAACCCCUCAAUGUGGAAAUUGAUCCUGAGAUCCAAAAAAUAAAGAGUCGAGAAAGGGAGCAGAUCAAGUCCCUCAACAACCAGUUUGCCUCCUUCAUCGACAAGGUGAGAUUCCUGGAGCAGCAGAACCAGGUGCUUCAAACAAAAUGGGAACUGCUGCAGCAGAUAAACACCUCCACCAGGACCUACAGCUUAGAGCCCCUCUUUGAGGCAUACAUCGGCCGUCUUAGAAGGACUGUGGACCAACUGAAGAGCGACCAGUCUCGGCUGGAUUCAGAAUUGAAGAGCAUGCAAGAUCUGGUGGAAGAUUAUAGGAGAAAGUACGAGGAUGAGAUCAACAAGCGGACAAGUGCAGAGAAUGAGUUUGUGGGCAUCAAGAAGGAUGUGGACGCUGCUUACAUCACCAAGGUGGACCUUCAAGCCAAAUUUGACAGCUUGCUUCAGGAAAUUGAUUUCUACAAAACACUCUACCAAGCAGAGCUCUCUCAGAUGCAGACUCAUAUCAGCGAUACCAAUGUUAUCCUUUCCAUGGACAACAACCGCAAUCUGGACCUGAACAGCAUCAUUGAUGAAGUCAAAGCCCAAUAUGAAGAGAUUGCCCAGAGGAGCAAAGCUGAGGCUGAGGCCCUGUACCAGACCAAGUAUGAAGAGCUCCAGAUCACUGCUGGGCAACAUGGAGACAGCUUGAGAAAUACAAAGAUGGAGAUUUCUGAGUUGAAUCGGGUUAUCCAAAGACUUAGAUCUGAGAUCGACAGUGUCAAGAAGCAGAUCUCUUCACUGCAACAGGCCAUUAGUGAUGCUGAGCAACGUGGUGAGAACGCUAUUAAGGAUGCCCAGAACAAGCUGAAUGAGCUGGAGGAUGCCCUGCAGAAGGCCAAGGAGGACAUGGCCCGCCUGCUGCGCGACUACCAGGAACUGAUGAACACCAAGCUGGCCCUGGAUGUGGAGAUUGCCACCUAUAGGACCCUCCUGGAAGGAGAGGAAAGCAGGAUGUCUGGAGAGUGUGUCCCGAACGUGAGUGUGUCUGUGAGCACCAGUCACACCAGCAUCAGCGGCGGCGGUGGCCGAGGAGGCGUUGGUUUUAGCUCCGGUGGCGGCGGCUACGGUUCCGGAGGUGGCGGCGGCUACGGCUCUGGAGGAGGCGGCGGCUACGGCUCCGGAGGAGGCGGCGGCUACGGUUCUGGAGGAGGCAGCAGUGGGAGCCGUAGAGGUGGCUCUGGAGGAGGCGGUGGCAGCUCUGGAGGCAGCUUCGUCUCCUCUGGAGGUCGGGCAUCCAGCACCAAGACCUCCAGUGGCAGUUCCAGUGUGAAGUUUGUUUCCACCAGCUAUUCCAGAGGGUCCAGAUAAAGAGGUCCUCUCUCCUCCAUUAGCUUUCUCUCUCCAUCACUACCAAAUAUGCUUCCGAGUGCCUUACUGGAGGAAAAAAAGCUAUUGUUACACUGGCUCGUCCUUUUCCCUAGCUCUGUCCUUUCUGCUCUGAUUUCCAGAGAAAAUUUUAAAAUCAGUGGCAAUCUCAGUCCCUCAGCUAGGACCCUGCUCUGUACUCUGCCCAAGAAACACUUCAACAAUCACUGCUACACACAUUACAUUUCAAGCACCUCCUUAAGUCAGCCAGAGGAGAGCUGGUCAGACCCACGGCUUCUUUGCCAUGGACAGAGCACAAGCUUGGGACAGCUUUAGUAUCCUAACUCGCACAGCAAGCUCUGUGCUGCUUUGGUUUUGUACAUAAGGUGUAAGCCAGUUGUCUUUUGUGGAGAGGUCUUAAACUCCCUGUUUCCUGUGUUGCUGCAAUAAACUGCAUUUGAAAUUC